CCCAGCGCGCGGCUUUUGUGACCAGGCUCGCGUCGACCAGUCACCGAAAUUUUCCAGCCUGACAAACACUCCCAACCCACCAACUAAUCAGCAUGGCUUCCAUAGAGUACGACGCUGAGCCCCGUGGCUAUGAUGAUGAGCCUCGUGGCUACGACCGUGAUCGUAGCCGAUCUCCCCGUGGCGAGCGUCGUGACACUGACGAUGCUCGAGCUCGCAGCGCGUCUCCCAACGGUCGCGACAGCCGUGGCCCACCGCCCCCUUCUCGCUCCGAAGAUGACGAAGGCUCUGUCAACCCAGGCUCGAACCUCUUCGUGACCGGAAUCCACCCCAGCCUGACCGAAGAAGAUGUAACCCAGAUGUUCGAGAAGUUCGGCGAGGUAGAGAAGUGUAACAUCAUGCGUGACCCUCAUACCAAGGAAUCGCGUGGCUUCGGCUUUGUCAAGAUGGUGACCUCAGACGGAGCCGACGCAGCCAAGGAUGGUCUUCAAGGUGAGGUCCACCAAGGCAGGACUCUGAGUAUUGAGAAGGCUCGUCGUGCCCGUCCGCGCACCCCGACCCCGGGCAAGUAUUACGGUCCCCCGAAGCGUGGUGAGUUCCCGACCCAGCCUUCCUUUGAGGCCCAGAGCUUAUCCAUCAUCACAGAAUUCCGAGGCCGUGGAGGGCGCUUUGGCGAUCGCUACGAGGACCGGCGCGGAGGAGGAGGUGGCGGCUAUGGUCGACGAGAUGACUACGGCGGAGGCUAUCGUGGCUCCCGUUAUGGUGAUCGCGAGGACCGUGGGUACCGCCGUGACCGAGACGACUACGGCCCGCGCGGAGUUGAUCGCUAUGCUUCUCGUGACGACCGCUACUCUAGUAGCCGUGGCGACAGCCGUGGUGACGACCGUCGGGGUGGAGGAGGCGGCGGAUACUACGACCGGCCCCCGCCACCACCAGCAGGUGGAUCAGCAGGCUACGGCGAUGCUCCUCCUCCUCGCCCAGAGGCCUACAGCGGCAGCGGCGGCCGUUCAUACGACGACCGUGAUCCCAAGCGGUACUAGGAAACUAAAGAGUGCUCGAGUCCGGGCAUCCUGA